AUGGCGGAUCCCACCACGAAUUCGCACACCUUGCUUCUAUCGGCCGCGGCGCUGGGCCUGGCAAACCAUGCAUACCUCCACCGUUACGAGCCCCGGACGGCACACUAUCCGCUCCUCUGUCUGCUCCUCCAGCCGCUGCUGCUGCUCGCGCCGCCCUUCCUGUAUACCCUGCAUAGCGUCCUUGCGACAACCGGAGUCUUCUUCACCACCCUGGCGCUUUCUACAGCGCUCUACCGCCUCUCGCCGUGGCAUCCGCUCGCACACGUGCCGGGUCCGCCGCUCGCGAAGCUGAGCAAACUGUGGGGCGUGCGCCUCCAGAUGAGUGGCGCGAGACAUUUGGUGUUGAAACAUUUGCACGAAAGAUACGGAGACGUCGUGCGCAUAGGUCCCAACGAAGUGUCCAUUGCCACCGCCGAUGCAGUCAAGUCCGUGCUGGGCAGCGGCGGGCUUCAGAAAGGCCAAUACUACGACGUGUUCGGCGACGAAUCGCUCGGCACUGCGAGCCUCAUCGGCCUGCGCGGCGACACACACGCGGCCCGGCGCCGGAUUUGGAACCGCGGGAUGAGCACUGCAUCUCUGCGGGGCUUCGAGUCGACGCUAUCCAGCCGUGUCCGCGGCCUGCGCGACCGCCUCGAUGACUUUGCGCACAAGGAGACCCCGGUGGAUGUGUCGCAGUGGCUGAUGUACUUCACCGCGGACUUCAUGGGCGAUAUGGCCUUUGGCGGCGGCUUUGAACUGAUGCGCAAUGGGAAGGACGUGGACGGGACGUUUUCGGUGAUAAAGAUGGGCGUCAAAGUUAGCUCCCUGAUGGCGCAAAUCCCGUGGAUCGUCCCGACGGUGAACCUGCUCCCCGCCGUGCAGUCUGUUCGGCAGUUUGCUAGGCAGAGCGCGAAGCGACGCAUGGCGGCGGGGCCAAAGGGGGACAAGGACCUCUGGUACCACUUGAUGGACGAGGAGGGCCACGAGAAAAUCAAACCCACCGUGCCCGAAGUCGUGCUCGACGGGGUGCUAGCGAUCGUAGCUGGCUCAGACACGUCGGCGAUGACGCUCAGCACAUUUGUGUGGUGCAUGCUAACACACCCGGACGUCUAUGCACGCGUCCAAGCGGAGGUCGACGCGGUAUACCCCGACCGCGACGGGGAUGCCUUGUUUGAGGCCGAGCGUCACGACGACCUGCCGUUCCUCACUGCUUCUUUGCAGGAGACCCUGCGGCUGUAUCCCCCCGUGCCCACUGGCGGCGCGCGCCGCGUCCCGGCCGGCCCGCCGCGCGUGAUCGCCGGAACCCAUUUCCCGGCGGGGACACAGGUGGUCCUCCCGAGCUACGUCGUGCAGCGCAGCCCCGCGCACUUCUUCCCCGGCCCGGAGACGUUCGCCCCCGCGCGCUGGCUGCCCUCCGGCGCCGGCGCCGAUGCCGGCGGAGUGGUGGACGGCGCGGCGUUCCUCGCGUUCUCAGCCGGUGCGGCGAACUGCGCGGGGAAGCGCCUCGCGUGGCGCGAGCUGCUGAUGGCGGCGAGCAUGCUGGUCAGACGGUACGAGAUGCGCUGGGCCGCCGGCCUGGAGACGGAGGGCGAGGCGUGGGUGGACACGAUGCAUGAUUUCUAUGUCACGCAUGCGGGGCGGCUGAUGGUGCAGCUCCGUAUGCGGGCGUAG